AUGAAUUCUCAGCGCGUCACAUUGUUAGUUCUGCUCGACUUAAGUUCAGCAUUUGACACAGUUGACCAUGUGAUUUUGCUCAAGCGUUUGAAUACUGAUUUUGGUAUUCAUGGAACAGUUCUUGACUGGUAUAGAUCUUACUUAUCCGGGAGAAGUCAACACAUUUCUUUGAAUGGUGCGAAAUCUGACAGCUUUGACCUGAAGUGUGGGGUGCCGCAGGGGUCAUGUUUAGGUCUUCUUCUCUUCAUAAUGUAUGCAUCAAAGUUGUUUGAGAUUGUUCGUACACACCUUCCGGAUGCUCAUGGCUUUGCUGAUGACACUCAGCUAUAUUUGUCAUUCAAGCCUGAUAGCUCUAUGAAUCAAGCUGCAGCUGUGUGUGCUAUGGAAAAUUGCAUUGCUGAAUUAAGACAGUGGAUGCUGCAGGAUAAGCUCAUGACCAAUGAUGAUAAGACUGAAUUUCUAAUUAUUGGUUCCAGACAGCAACUGGAGAAAAUUGAUCAGUGUUAUAUUCGCGUAGGAGAAGCUAACGUUCAGCCUGUUACGUCCACACGCAACCUUGGCUCGUGGUUAAUUUAUCGAUGUCAGUUCAUGUGA